CUCUAGAUCAUCAUCAAACCUCUAGCUUCUUUACUUAAGUUACGCUAUUCGAUUGUUCCUUCGACCUAGUACCUGCGCAACCGAGCAAUUGACUUCAUCUUGAACCUUGCGACCUCUUAUCGUCCCUUCGAUUUAUACCGAUUUUCCGCGAUUAACCUGCAAACAUCACCAUGUCUCACCAAGUCAACGGCGACGUGAGCCCUGCUCAAUACUCUGCUUUCAUUCAACAUCUCCUCAACUACCCUGUUAUCAGCGACGGCGUCCACACCUUCAAGUCCAACGAACUCGGUCAGCGCUCCAUCAGACUUAGUGACGCCGCCUACCAGACCUUUGCUGCCCCCGUCGUUCCCUACUUCUCCAGAGGCUACCAGUAUGUCUCACCUUACGUCCAGAAGGUCGACAACCUAGGCGACAAGACCCUCGAUCGCAUCGACGAGAAGUUCCCUGCUGUCAAGAAGCCCACCGACGAGCUCUACCAAGAUACCCGCGCUCUCAUCAUGUUUCCUCUCCAGAAGGGCCUUGAGGGCAAGGACCAUGUCUUCCAGGUCUACAACUCUGAAAUCAAGAAGGUUGAGCAGGGAGGUCUCGUCGCCCAUGGAAAGGCUGCCGUUACCACCGUUCUCGUCGUCAGCAACGAGACUCUCUCUUGGUUGAGCUCUUUCUUGCACCAGAAGAAGGCAGACACUACCAACGCCAUCAAUGAGAAGAUCAACCAGUAAACAUCUCGCUGUCAUGACUAUGGCGUCAUUAGUUUGAUGACCACAGUCACUGCAAAGCAAAUUUAUACCCUCCUUGUUUCUUUUUAAUUACGGGAUUGUUUUUGAAAAUACGGGGUUUCUCGUUGUAUUUCUACUCCCUUUUUGCUUCUUGGAGUUCUGGAUGCCGCGAGAGUCCAGAAAGGCUGCUCGGGCCUGUUACUCUUGGCGUCACAUGUACCUCUCCUGGCUUGUAUCCCAGAUAUGACCUUGCUUCUUCGCAGGACGCAUCAGUACGAACCACAGCUUUAAGCAUUGCUCGUUCCGGGUACUUUGCCAUCGCGCUGGAAGGGUAUCAUGUUAUCCUCUAUUGUAAGAGAUGGGCGGGAGAUUGAGGUGGCUGAUCCAAGCGUGUCAUUGUCAUCGUUGAGCAUUCCCUCAAAAUUUACAUGUGAAGGAUACGCCUCUGGUGGAAGGGAUCGUCUUUGUUGGAGGAUGUUGACUUUGAAAGACUUAAAAUGAGUUAAUAGAAUUUUCUUUUUUAUGAAACUUGACAUGUGACUGGUAUCAACACCACGCAAUCGGAAAGCUUUGGAGUGAAAUUUCUAUC